UCUCGAGAACGUGGAGUCGCGUGUUUUUGCUGAGCUGGAUUGUGUUUACAUCCCAGAAAACUGUUUAUCACUCCGUCCUCCCCUCCCUUAACCCGGCUCACGAACGGUGGCUGCACACACACACACACACACACAACACAUAAUUUUUUUUUGGAAAAUCGUGUAACGUCAAACGUCCGCGUUUCUCUUUCUUUCGAAUUUUAAUAUUUCUUCCCGCAAUUUUUCAUAUUUUUUGGCCUUACUACUAGGACGAGUCUGUACGAGUCUGAAAAGAAGAUAGGAGUCAACUUUUGGAAACAUGAAGGUGACGGUUACAACGUUAAGUGACGAUAUCUUCGUCUUGGAUGUCAGUGAAGAUCUCGAAUUGGAGAACUUUAAGGCCUUUUGUGAAAUCGAAAGCGGCGUACCGGCUCACGAGAUCGUCAUUGCUUUCAACGGCCUACCAUUAAUGGACGAUAAGAAGUCUCUUAAGGACCAUGGCAUUCGUGAUGGUGACGCCGUUAUCCUUCAACACAUGCAUCAGAGUGGCUCCGACUUGAACGUUAACCCCUUUAACGGAGUUAUUCCUACAUUGGACUUCAGUUCCAUCAGAGUACCAGGAACGUCGAACAAUAGGCAAAUUCCACCUACAAAUAGUACUGCUCAUAGAGUACAAAACCCGCGUAGCGAAGAUGAUCCAGCCAUGAUAAGAGAUAUGUUCUUAGCGAAUCCAGAUCAAUUGGCGUUACUUAAGCAAAAUAAUCCUAGGCUCGCGGAUGCCUUAUUGUCCGGUAAUUUAGAUAGAUUUUCAACUGUACUGAGGGAACAAAUCAAAGUCAGAGAAGAACGCCAAGUGCAAAGAUUAAGAAUGAUGAAUGCGGAUCCAUUGGAUACCGAAGCGCAAAGACUGAUCGCGGAAGAAAUUCGACAGAAAAACAUUGAGGCCAAUAUGGAAGCGGCAAUGGAAUAUAAUCCUGAAACGUUUGGCACCGUCGUUAUGUUGUAUAUUAACUGCAAAGUAAAUGGAUUUCCUGUUAAAGCAUUUAUUGACUCAGGUGCACAAACAACGAUAAUGUCUGCGGCUUGCGCAGAAAGGUGUCACAUUAUGCGUCUAGUCGACACUAGAUGGGCUGGAGUUGCCAAGGGUGUCGGCGUACAACGCAUCAUCGGACGAAUUCAUAUGGUCCAAAUUCAAAUUGGCAAUGACCAUCUUACGACGUCUUUUAGCGUACUCGAAGAACAAAGAAUGGAUAUGUUACUUGGUUUAGACAUGUUGAAAAGGCAUCAGUGUUGCAUAGACCUAAAGAGAAAUUUAUUGAUGAUCGGAACAACAGGAACUGAGACUCCAUUUUUAGCAGAAGGCGAUUUGCCAGAAUGUGCAAGAUUGAGUGGUAAUAGCGAUGAGUCACUGGACGAUAGGGAUCUGCACAGGGCUUUGGAAGAUAGUACGAGAGAUGCAAAGAAGCAAAGGCAACAGCACGAUAUCAUCCAGGGUCACAACAAUUCCGUUGGCGCGUCAUCUUCAUCCAACAGACUGGCCACAUUAGAAACUACAAUUUUUUCACACGAUCCAUUUACCGAAGCCACGGUUAAAGAAAUUGAAGCGUUAGGUUUCAGUAGAGCUCAAGUAAUUAGCGAACUGCGUAGGUUUAAUGGCGAUAAAGCACAAGCUACGGCAGCAUUGUUCGCAAAAUCCUUAAAAUUCUAAUGGUGAAGGCUAGCUACCGUAUACAAUAUUUAGCAAUAUUAUACAAAUCUGUGAAUAAUAAGAAGAAAUCGCAUUAAGAUAUUGCGAUGGCAUGCAGCGAAGUUUAAGGAAAUUUAUACCUGUUUUUAUGUAGCAAUUUUCCAUAACGUUCGUUAUACAUACCGACUAAACUAAUGACGUUAAGAAAGAAUCAUCUUUUAGAAUGUUCUGUCUGGCAAGCUGAGAAAACACGUUGCCGAGAAGUUAUAUUUCUUAAGUUUUAUGCGUUAACGCAUAUUUAAACCUAAAUACGUAAAGGGGGAGAAAAUUAUACGAUUUUAUACAAGCGAUUAAAAGAUAUUAAUUAAUUGAGAUGAGCUAAUCUAUAAUGCAGUGAACAAGAAGAAAAGAAAGUGCUUGUCAUACGAUAAUUCACAGUAUGGUUAAGACGUUUGUAAGUAACAAAAAUACAAUGAUGCUUAUAAAAUAUACGAAUAAGAAUAUAUCAAGGAUCAUAAGAAA